UUCUUUCAAGAAAAUUUUACUAAGAUUAUAACGAAGCUUCGAUUAUUGUCUGACUUGCUGACUUAGCAUCAACUACUAAUCAAACGUCAGAGGAGAUUUCAUAUUUACUAGAUACAAGAAGUAUAUUUCAACGGCAGAUUCACAAAUGUGUAGCCUUGCUCUGCACUUCGGAGAUAUCGGAAAAGCUCGCUGGGCAUUUCUCCCGCUAGACUUAUUUUAAAAGCUAGGCUAGAUUUUUUUAGUUUUUAGUGAAACCCAUUAAGAAAUUGUACGUAUCCUUGUAAUAUGUUUAAACUUUGAGUCUAGUUGUACUUUGAAUUUAAAUAAAAUUGGGAUUUGCUGCUGAGAAAUAAACUUUAUUUGUUACUAAUAACUUUGCAUUAAAAGUAAAAAUUAAAAGCAAGUCAGACGAGAGUAAAUGCCACGGACUUUUUCAGCGCUGGAGUACAAUUAAAAACGAAAGUUGAAACUUGAUUUCAAAAUAAAAGAAGAGAAUCAAUAGCGAUGAGGUUCUUGCACUCUCUCUUUCUCCCUCACUCGAUCAGUAAUUAAUUAACAAGGUUGUACGUAGCAACAAAAAAUUAACAAAAUACGGACGAGUAGUGCUUGUUGGGGCAAAGCAGCUUUUUGAAAGAAAAAAAACGUGCACGAAGAAAAAAACAGAGAUGAGUGCCGCAUCGGUGGCUGAGGAAGAGAAGGAGCAUAAAAAGGAGAGGAGCAGCUGACGCCUGAGCUAACAAGCGAGUAGUGCGUUGGCCGGUCGGCGAAACCGAUCAGCUGCCAAAAGUAUCGUUUCGCGCUUUUGUUUUUCGUCGUUCGCCAAGUGAGUUUAAAAAUACAAUAGCAAUCAAAAACAUUUUUCUUCGACCAGUAAGGCGUACACUGAAAGGAGAAAGAAAGAUAAGUAAGGGACCAGGAGCUGAUCUCACAGCAGAGGACGCAGUAAAAAAAGCUUGCUCGGAGAAAAGCUCAUCCGGGACGCUUGGUCACGCAAUCUAGAUGUAUACUGUCGAGGUACAAGGGGUUAUCAAUGCCGGAAUCGACAAAAGAACUUCCACCUUCCGUAUGAUACGCGGUAACUCCCGAUGACAGGAGAUCGGUAUCGCACGAACCGAUCGCUGCUCGGUGCCUGGAAUCCCCAAUUUUUAACCACACAUCCCAGCGAACGGAGGCAAUACGCGUGUCAAUGCAAAUGACACGAUAGUUAUCGAGUCUUAUAUCCAGGGGUACUGGUCGCAAGUCCGUCUCUCUACCAUCGAUUCUAGGCGAUUGGAGUGGAAAUAAUAGAAACAACACAAUAUCCUUGUCUGCGUUCCAAAAUGUAUCUUGAGGAAACUGUGGCGCAAAAAGCUGUCGAGCAAACAGGCUUCGGCAAGUUCAAUUUGAAGGUAACGGCUGUAUCCGCGUUCAUAUACCUGAACUGUGCGUUUUCUAUAACCAGCGUCGGUUUCGUCAUACCAACUGCGGCUUGUGACUUCCAAAUGACGACUAUCGACAAAGGACGCAUCAAUGCAGCUCCUAUGCUCGGUAUGGUCGUUGGUUCUGGAAUCUGGGGCUACAUGGCAGAUUUGAAAGGACGAAAGAUCUCGCUGCUGAUAUCAUUGUUCUUGCAAUUCAUCGCUGACGCUCUUGCAUCUAUCGUUCCAAGCUACUGGGCCCUUGUAUUUUUCAAGUUUCUUAGUGGUAUUGGUGUAACUGGUCAGCUAUCAAUUGUUUUUACGUACCUCGGUGAAUUUCAACCAACAAAAUAUCGUCAUCGGAUACUGUCAUGGAUGGAACUAUCUUGGGCGAUUGGGGUCAUAGUAGUUGCUCUCUUCGCCUGGGCCAUUAUACCAUUGACGUUUGAAUACAAAGGUGACUUUUUCCAAAUGAGUUCCUGGAAUUUAUUUGUUUUAAUGAGUUCCUUGCCAGCCCUAAUAGCUGGAAUUUGGUUGAUUACCUUGCCAGAAACUCCCAAAUAUCUGGCUGAAAAUGGCGAGCGUGAGAUCAUGUUAAAGGUCCUAAUGCGCAUGUUUGUGGAAAACACCGGUAAAACUCCAGACCAGUUUAAGGAAAAAUUAUCAAGUUGUACCAUUCCGUCAAUCAGUGAUCUGGUUAACCAAACAGAAGAAACUGAAAACGAAAGGACAAAAAAAGUCGUGCUGACAAAAAAAGAAAAGCUCAAGGAGCUACUGAACAGUUCCAAGAUACAGGCAAGAACAUUAAUUCAAAAGCCAUACGCCAAGAGACUCAUCACCACAAGUUCCAUAAUGUUCUGCAUGACCUCGACUUACUACUCCCUCAUGACGUGGUUCCCGGAACUGUUCCAACGAUUCGCUACCUUUGAAAAAACCUUUCCUGAAGAAUUUGCUAGUGUCUGCACCGUAUCUCAGCGCCUUGCAGCGAGCAAUAACUCACUUCAUGAAGAACUGUUUCAGAUAGAACAAUUGAGUGACCCCUUUGGCUGUGACAGCCAGAUGGACACGAGUGUAUACGUAAACUCGGCACUGCUAGGCGCUGCUUGUAUUCCUUUCGCAAUUCUACUUCCACUGACGGUCAAUCGCCUCGGCUAUCGCAUCUAUCUCCUAUUCACGGCUACUAUCGCCUGUGCCACAACUAUAGCAUUCUUUUUUGUGAAGACAUCCACGCAAAAUCUCGUACUCUCGUGCAUAUUCGAGGCGUUCACUUCACUUAACAUUAGUGUUAUAUUUUGCGUUUUAGUAGAUUUGUUCCCUACGAAUCUCAGGGUCAUGGCAACAGCGAUUACGCUGUUCGUCGGCCGUGUGGGCUCGCUUUUUGGCAACAUGCUGUUUGCUUAUCUCAUAGACGAUUAUUGCACUGUACUUAUCAUAGUAAUGGCAGCUCAACUGUUUCUUGCCUCCGUUCUAUGCUGGGCCACACCAAGUAGAAACAAAAUGAGAAAGAUCCAAGGUUUUCCAAGCAAGAAAAUUAAGAACAAAGCUUUCAACCCAUCCUAAUGACUUCAAAAGGCUACAAAAGGGUAGUUUUCUCACCUCUGGAACAUGAAAACUUAAGGAACAAGUGAUAUUCAUCAUCUUUUGAUAAACUCAGGAAUAAUACGAACCACGAAGAUGAAGUAUUUUUCAGAUGAGAGACUUCGAUGCGUGAAUUUAAGUAUUGAUGUUUCAUAAAAUCUGAAGCCAAAUUAUCCACAAGGAAUAUUUUUUUUCAAAAGACUUCAUUCAGUUUUAUUAAAAUAACUUUCACGUGAUAUAAUUAGCUAGUAUUUUGUAAUUUUGUCGAUAUUUGACUCUAAGUAGGUCUAAGCUGAAGAAUUUAAGAAUGUAUGAUUUACUUAUCGAGACGAAAAAAGUUUAAUUCAUUAGUAAUAAAUCAAGUGUAUAGCCAAUAAUAAAAUAAAAUAAAGAUAAAAAAUUUGU